AAUCGAACGGACGGUGUCUGAUCACAGUUUUAUCACAACAAUAAUGAUAACGACUGAAAAAAAAUAUUAAUUCGUAUGUCCAAAUUCAGACGUACUUGUGACAUAGUUAAAAUUGAGGUGGCAAUGUGGUUGGAAGUACCGAGUCAAAAAUCCAUUUCAUGCGAAAAAAACAAGUAAUUGACAACACGUCAAACCGCUAGCUACUCACUCACGCUCACAGACAGCCAGCGCUCCCUUGCCACAUUGCUGCUCUUCACUCGACUUCGGUCCAGUUAUGACAGCCACUUUGCACGAAAGCGACAACGAAAAGUCUGUUCUUGGUUCUUAGAUGCGCUCUGUGUCUGUUGACCUAAAUAAUGAUGCAUCUCUGCUCAUUGAUAUUCCUGAUGCACUCUGUGAAAGAGACAAAGUCAAGUUUACGGUUCACACAAAGACCACACUUCAUGCUUUCCAGAAGCCAGAAAUCUCUGUUCCCCGCCAGCAUGAAGAUUUCAUCUGGUUACACGACACUCUGGUGGAGACAGAGGACUACGCUGGCCUUAUAAUUCCCCCAGCACCCCCAAAGCCAGACUUUGAAAGUCCAAGAGAGAAGAUGCACAAACUUGGGGAAGGUGAAGCCACUAUGACCAAGGAAGAGUAUACGAAAAUGAAGCAGGAGUUGGAAGCUGAGUACCUAGCUGUGUUCAAGAAAACAGUGCAAGUACAUGAAGUUUUCCUGCAGAGACUCUCCUCUCAUCCCACUCUAAGCAAAGACAGAAACUUCCAGAUUUUCCUCGAGUAUGACCAGGAUCUCAGUGUCAGAAGAAAGAAUGCCAAGGAGAUGUUUGGUGGAUUCUUCAAAAACAUGGUCAAGUCAGCUGAUGAGGUCCUGAUCUCAGGAAUAAAGGAAGUCGAUGACUUUUUUGAGCAGGAGAAGACAUUCCUUCUUGACUACUACAGCAAGAUUAAAGAUUCCACUUCCAAAGCAGAGAAGAUGACCCGCACCCACAAAAAUAUCGCAGAUGACUACAUUCAAAUCUCAGCCACUCUGAACACACUUUCUGCUGAAGAUAGCACAGCAAAUAAGAAGCACAUGGAGAAGCUGUCAGAUCUCUUUGAGAAACUAAGAAAAGUGGAAGGAAGAGUAGCAUCCGACCAAGAGCUUAAGCUGACAGAGUUGCUAAGAUAUUACUUGCGAGAUAUUCAGGCUGCAAAGGACCUCCUCUACCGACGAGCUCGCGCAUUAGUCGACUAUGAGAACUCCAACAAGGCUUUGGAUAAGGCGCGACUGAAAAGUAAGGAUAUUCCUCAGGCUGAGGAACACCAACAGCAGUGUCUACAGAAAUUUGACAAGCUCUCAGAGUCUGGGAAGAAAGAGCUCACCAGUUUCAAGGGCAGGCGAGUUGUGGCAUUUAGAAAAAAUCUCAUUGAGAUGGCUGAACUGGAAAUUAAACAUGCUAAGAACAACGUGACACUAUUGCAGGGGUGCGUUGAGCUGCUCAAGAGCAACUGACAGAUAUAAAGUAUUCCAGUCCUACUGCCUUCAAGUGACCAGUUAUCAGCCAAUGAAAUCCUGAUGUUACUUGCGCCUCAGAACUCAAGAAGUCAAGUCAUGUCAUACCUUCAACCCGUCUAACUGGUCCCUCUUGACCAACAGUUUUGUUACCACCACAUUCUUGUAUUUACUCAGUCCACAUACUCUUGUACACCCCAAGAUUUAUGGAAGUCCAAGGUAUAAUUAUUGACUCCAUCUCUAAGGUCUUUUGAUUUUUUUUCUGUCUUGUAAUGUCUCAUUUUCAGAUUAUGAACACAAUCGAAACCCUAAAUGUUGUCAUACAUUUCAGCACUGUAAAUCUCAAUUUAUCUCACUUGUGAGUUGAGUUUGAAACUGUGCAGAAUCUAUGAGAUUUGGCAUUACAAUACUUGGGUUUUCUGUUCCCAUUGUUUUGCAUUCUCUGGUGUUCAAUGCCAUUACUGCAGGCCAAACACCACCAUUGUUUGUUUUUGUUUUUGUUUUCAUUAGGUUUGCAUCAGUACCACAUUUAGUACAGAUGCACACACGAUUUGAAAAUAUAAUCAUUAUUUCAGAAAGGAAAAAUGACGUAUGUGAGCUUAGUUUUGUUUGCACAAGCCACUCAUACUACCUCCACUACCGGUAUUAUUCCAUCACCUGCUCCAUACCACCAACAGACUGCCCUUUCAUUCCUUCCCUUUCCAAUGUUACUGAUGUUCAACCUUUUGCUCUGAAUCUCCUAUUGCCCAAAUGGCUUCUCUUGUAAUUGGCUCCCAGGCACCUCAACAAUUAGGGAAGAAAAUUACCAAGGUAACAAAAAAAAUUCACAAUCAUCAACAAGCAGAGUGGGGUGUGUAAUACUUUAUAGUUUUCUAAAUGAAUGUAUUUCUGAUUCCAACAGAGUGAAUUCCUUUUUACUUUUCUAACUCAACAUUACCGUUUUAUAAAUUUGCAACAAUACCGAAUAAAUCCUACUUUCCCAA